UGGGUUUGGGGUAACAGCCGCUGCCACAGACUGUAGCUGAAUUCGGGCGGCGGCGUUGUUUACGGACCAAGGCAGGAGGGAUGGUCGGGUGGGAGAAAGGGCUCCGCAUCCAUUUUGAGCCGGGGAGCUGCUGGCUCGAGGAGGAAGAUGUUGAUAUCCCCAAUAGACGUGUCCUGAUUACUGGUGCCACUGGACUCCUUGGCAGAGCUGUUUAUAAAGAAUUUAAAGUAAAUCAUUGGCACACUCUUGGCUGUGGCUAUAGUAGAGCUCGACCUUUGUUUGAACAAGUUAAUCUUUUAGAUACUGCUGCUAUUCACAGUGUAAUCCAAGAUUUUCAGCCUCAUGUGAUAAUACAUUGUGCAGCUGAGAGAAGGCCAGAUAUUGUAGACAGUCAACCAGAUGCUGCUGUUCAACUCAAUGUGACUGCUUCAGGAAUUAUAGCAAAAGAAGCAGCUCAAGUGGAAGCAUUUCUGAUCUACAUUAGUACAGACUAUGUAUUUGAUGGAACAAACCCUCCAUACAAGGAGAAUGAUGUACCAAAUCCUCUAAAUCUCUAUGGCAGAACCAAACUAGAAGGUGAAAGAGCAGUCUUAAAAAACAAUGAAGGUGCGGCCAUCCUUAGAAUCCCUAUUUUAUAUGGAGAAGUUGAAAAGCUGGAAGAGAGUGCUGUGACAAUUAUGUUUGAUAAGGUGCAAUUCAAUAACAAAUCAGCCAAUAUGGACCACUGGCAGCAAAGGUUUCCAACAUAUGUCAAGGAUGUAGCCAUUGUUUGCCGACAGCUAGCUGAGAGAAGAAUGAUGGAUCCAUCCAUUAAGGGAACAUUCCACUGGUCUGGUAAUGAACAGAUGACUAAGUUUGAAAUGGCACGUGCUAUGGCUGAUGCUUUCAAUCUUCCUAAUAGCCACUUAAGACCGAUUACAGAUAGCCCAGUGCUGGGUGCUCCUCGUCCUAAGAAUGCUCAGCUUGACUGUUCCCGUCUUCUGAUGUUGGGCAUUGGUCAUCAUACUCCGUUUCAAGUUGGGAUCAAGGAAUCACUUUGGCCUUUCCUUACUGACAAGAGAUGGAGACAGACAGUGUUCCACUAGCUUGUAAAUAUUUUAGUGUAAGUAUGGUAUAUGAUGCACUUUUUUAAAAAGGGGAGAAAAUAGUUUUGUAUUCAGCAUUCUGUGUUUCAAGUUGAA